AUGGCGGUGCUGGUCACGGGCGCCAGCGGCCGACUGGGGCGGCAGAUCGCGCAGCGCCUGGCGCAGCAGGGCUACGCGGUGAUAGGAACUGAUCGCGUGGAACCCACAGAGCCACUGAAGGGUGUGGAGUUCGUGAAGGCGGAUUUGUGCGACGGGGAGAAGAUGCGUUUCGUGGCCUCCAAGGCCAAGUCCACCAUCCACGUAGGCGCGAUUCCCGGGCCCUCGCAGAGUCCACCCGUCGGGGUCGAAGAUCCACAGACCUCUGGUAUCGGCUUGGAGACUUGUGAGGGCAUCGACCUGUUGAAGGAGAAUCUCAUGGGCACCGCCCUGCUCUUCGAGGCCUGUGCUGCGCAUGGGCACAGGAGAGUGGUCUUUUCCUCCUCGCUCUUCUCGAUGGGUUGGUCUCACGACCCUGGCGCCUUUCGCCCGCGGUACUUGCCGCUGGACGAGGAGCACCCACCUGAAGCACUGGAACAUUAUGGUCUCAGCAAGGUCUUCGGGGAGGAGUUCUCAGCAAUGCUGACGCGCGCCAAUUCGGGCCCUCGGAGCAAGCGUGCACGCACGGGAGUGGAGGCCUUGUCGUUCAUCCAUCUGCGAUUCUCCAAUAUCAUCAAGGAAGAAAAGUGGAAGGAGCUUCCUCUUCCAUACCCUGAGCAAGAUGUGACGCCGCUGAUGUGGGCCUACUGCCAUGAGCACGAUGUGGUGGAAGCACACCUGAAGGCCUUGGAACUGCCAGCAGAACGGAUGGCCUCAAGGUGUGAGCGCUUCCUGAUCGUUGCAGAUGAUGUCCGAUUCAACUUGCCCAGUGCGGAGCUGGCGAAGCGCUACGAAGCGCUCAGCUUGGUGCCAUCCACAAUGAAAGGCUAUGAGUCGCUGGUGAGCAACAAGAAGGCGAAGCAACAGUUAGGCAUGUCCUUUCGCUCCUUCCGCGCGCCAACGGCCAAGCCGGGGAGGAGCUUCCAUGCGCCGAAGGGCUUCAGUCUGAAAUGCGGCGAAUCUGGCGAGCAACUGAAGUUGGUCUAUGAGAUGUAUGGCCAGUUGGAUGAGGAGAAGGCCAACUGCAUUUUGCAUCCGACCUCCUUCGAUGCCACUCACCCGGAGCUGGAAUUCAACGUGGGGCCUGGGAAGACCUUGGACACCAACAAGUACUGUGUGAUCAUCGUGAACCUCCUGGGCAACGGCAUGUCCAGCUCGCCGGGUGAUGAAGGCUUCCCUUGUCAGGGCACCAGCAUUUGUGACAACGUGCGUUUGCAGGCCUUGCUGUUGGAUUCUUUGGGGAUCACGAAGCUCGCCAUGAUCUAUGGCUACUCCAUGGGUGCGAUGCAAGCCUUGCACUGGGCUGCCAUGUUUCCGGACCGUGUCCAGCGGGUGGCGGCGGUGUGUGGCUCGGCCGCGGUGAGUGACUUCAACGUGGUCUUCCUCGACAGCUUGGAGGCGGCCUUAGCUCCAGAUUGUCAAGUAGAUGAGUUUGGCUGGAAGUUGAAGGGCACGGGCCAUCUCUCACUGAAGACCUUUGCACGGAUCUAUGCUGGGUGGGGCGUUCCCAGACAGUUCUACCAAAAGGAGGUGUGGCGCACCUCCUCCCGCGAUGGCCAGGUCUUCCAGAGCCGUGAGGACUUCGUGCGGCGUUCCUACGACGGCGGCUUCGCCAAUGGCAACCCCUUGCAUCUCCUGGCGCAGCUGAGGACCUGGAGGGCGGGCGACCUUCGUCGAGCCCAUGGGCUGGAGGGCCAGUCGCUGGAGCAGCUGCUCCAGCGCAUCACGGCCAGGGUCUACCUGAUGCCUUGCACCACGGACUCCUACUUCAACGCGGAGGACAUCGAAGGCGAGGGCCGUUGCAUCGCGCGGUGCCGCUUCGCGCCCAUCGCCUCACUCUGGGGCCACCGCGCGGGGGACCCUCAUCGGCCGGGACAAGAGGUUUUGCCCGUCAUUUUGCAGGCAGAUGCUGAGUUCCUCCGGCGCCACGUGCAUGAGCUGCUGGUGGGCAACAUCGGCGACAGCCGUGUGCUCCUGGGAAAAGCCGAUGGUAGCAUCGUCGAAGGCCCUGGUACGGAUGGGGGCCUCACCACCGACCACAAACCGGAUCAUCCGGCAGAAGUGGAGCGAAUCAAGCGUACGGGUGGCCACGUCGAGAGCAUCAUGGGCGUGGCGCGGGUGAACGGCGACCUGGCCGUGUCGCGGGCCUUCGGAGAUGCCCAGCACAAGCAGACCGGCGGGCCCAAACAGGAGGACCAUCCUGUCUCGGUGGAACCUGAGUUGACCACCAUGACCUGCGAUCCAACAGACUUCUUGGUGUUAGUUUGUGACGGCAUCUCAGAAGGAAACUUUCCGAACCGAGAAGUGGUCAAACUGGCAGCUGAAGAGUUGGGGAACUCUUUGGCCCAGGCGGCCAAGUCCGUUUGUCAGAGGGCUUUGGAUCGGGGCUCCAUGGACAACCUCUCCUGCAUGCUGGUGAGCUUCCAGGGGUCCGAGAAGGCUGAGCGGACCAAGGAGCUGCUGCCAGGGCCCUUCGACGAGCCGACGCAUGGGACCUUCCGCAAGGCUUAUGCCGGCAUGGCCGAACGUGCUGGGCUCUCCUUCGAAGCUGCGGUCGAGCGUCGCUUUGAUCAGCUCGAAGCGGAGCUCACACGCCUCAAGGAGAAUGGUGAUGCCAAGAAAGAGAAUGGAAAGGUCCCGGAGAACUCGGUCACCAGCCUCCUAUGGCCGGUGCGGAAUGCGGAGAAUGCGCGAGAGGAGGAGGUCCCGGUCCGGGAGCUCCGCCUCGAGCUGCAGAACUUCGAAGGUGGACCGCCCCAGGAGCUACAAAGAGGCAGUGCUGAGCGCACGGCCUGGUUCAAAGAGUGGCUGGAUGGGACACAAGUGCAACGAGUACCCGAUCCGGCCAACAUGACGAAAGAGGAACUCUUGAACAUGGUAGAAGAAGAUCCCCAACUUCUGGCCAUGGCACAGGCGCAGGGCCUGGUGGGUCCCCGAGCCCUGCGCCGCGUCCGCAUCGUGGACUCCGAGCAGCUGCGCGUGGCGGUGGAGGCACACGAGGUGAUUCAGUGGGACGACCGGCUGCUGUCGAUCUGCGGGCAGGUCGGCAAGGUCCUUCAAGAUGACCCCUCGGAUAACACAGCACAGGUGAAGUUCCGAGGGAAGGUCUCGGCGAGCGUUUGGCUGCCCUCCAACUGCCUCAUCGAGGAAGAAGUAAGCCCACCGAGAAAGGUCCAGGUGGCUCCCUUGGAGGAGCUCCAAAAGGCGGUGGAGGAGCAUCCCAUGAUUCCCUGGAACGAUGUCCUUGCCCAGACCGCGGACCAGAUCGGUGUCGCCUUGAAGGAGGAGGGCGAGUUUGGCCUCACCGAAGUCUAUUUCCAUGAUCCUUUGCGCCUUAGAAGAUGGCUGCCGACGAAGGCUCUCCAGGAAUUAGAAGGUGCUCCGGACCUGGAGUUCUCCCUGGAAGAGGGCGAGUCCGGCUCCGAAGACUCGGACGAAGUCAUGCUCCAGGAGGCGGAGGCCUUGCGCACCGUGGUCCUGCCCUCCCUGGAGCUGCUGAAGACCGCCGUCGAGGCCAGCCAGAACCUGACUUGGGAGGACUUCAUGUCCAACCUGCCGGGCCGAAAAGCGGAGGUCGUGCUGGACCACGAGUCCGGCAGCUCCUGCUGCCGAGUAGAGGAUGGAGGCCUUUGCUGGCUGCCCACCAGCAUCUUGCAGGAGCCAGCUGCAGAGGUAGCGGCGCCAUCCGGAGAGGCAGCAACAGCAGAGGCGGGAGAGGCCACUGCUCCAGAGGCGGAGGUCGAGAGCAGUGCCAAGAGACAAAGAACCUCCUGA